CCUCAUUCUGCAGAGGAGAGCCCUGCCCUCCUCCCCUCUCUUUCCACCAAAAUCUCCGCUUCGUUCGGCGCCUUCUCUCUUUCUCCCCCCUGUGAUCGUACGGAUUUGCUCUCCAGUGGGCCCCGCCGCACCCGCACAACUCCCUUCCUCUGUAGCUUUUUAAACCAGUUUCCUUUUUCCUCCGCAUAUUUUCCUCCUUCCUCUGCCGCUAUCGGCGAUCCCGUCCGGCCGCUGCAGUCGUGGCGGAGGCGCGCGUCGGGGCCCUCGGGAUGUCGAUCUGCGCGAGGAUGGACGCGCCGCGCGGCGGCGCGCUCGGGAAGCGGAAGGAGCGGGAGUACUCGUCUUCGUCGGAGCAGCGGCCGCCGCUGUUCCCGCCGCCGCCGCCCGUGAGACAGGAGCUGCUGAGGAACAAGCCGCACCAACUGUCGCGGUUCGCCAACAAGCCCCCCAUGCCGACGCCUCCUCCCCAGGGCGGGAGCAGCAAGCUGCUGGCCGGGUACCUGGCGCACGAGUUCCUCAAGUUCGGCACGCUCCUCGGGGAGCGGCCCCCCGCGCCGGGCCGGAAGGAGACCGCCACGCCCACGCCCGCACCAACACCCGACCCCGCGAGGAGGUACGCCGAGGCGUCGAUGCUGCUCAUGGCGGGCGGCACCCGCAUCCCCGGGGUUUUCAACCCGACGCAGCUCGGCUGCUGGCUCCGGAUUAAGGAUUGAUGGAGGCACGCCCGCGGUGGCGGUUCGCGUCCGGGUGCGUACCGCGUGCACGGCUCCCGAGGCGCGCGACCCGGCGGCGACGAGCCCAUGCUUUUGGACAUAGCAAGUGGUGGUGGUGGUGGUUACUUUGCCCAGAUCCUUUUCCUUUUUUCUAUGUUCAGGUACUAGAUGUUUCGGUUUAAGAAUUUCAUGUAGAGUUGAUAGGAAACUAGCGGCAUCAGAAUUUCAUGGGAGUAGUAGUACCAGUACUUUUUAACAUGUGUGUCCGUCUCUGCUAUGUGAGCUCUGUAUCGGAAGGUGUUCGAUAUGAUCUCCGGCUACCGAGUAUGCUUGAUAAUUGAAGUGCAUGGAAAUCCUUCGCUUGCA